AUGUCCCUCGACAAACCCUUCGGCAUUUUCAGCCCGCACCUCAACGGCGUCAACAUGCUGGGCCCCGGUGGAAACCCGAACGUCGCCUACCAUCACGACCGCUACCACCCCACCCCCGCCAUGUUUGCUGGCUACGUGUGCCGCCAGGUCCAAGACGGUUUUGGAACGACCAUGUUCGAGAUCAUCAGCGGCGUCAACGCAGAGACCCUUCCACCCAAGUAUGAUUGGGAGUUGAUCAGCAUCGACGACGACGAGAUGGCGCGCAUUUGUGGUCUCGAGCGGAACGUGUUUUGGGUCGCGUACAACUGGAAGCUCGACAGCUUCCGCUCACGGGCCCUCCACUGGGUCUGGUUCAACGGCAAUGUCUGGCACGGCAUUGUCCCCAGCGAUGGCAUGCUCGAGGAGGCUCACCGGUACGCUCACAGGGAGCUCAUGCGUCACCACGGCCAGCCCGCCCACGACAUCAGGCUCGGCGACGACGGCGCCUGGAUUGUUGAGCGUGACGAAAAAGACAUUGACGAGGACGACCACACCGCCUGCGACGCCGACCUUGGAAUCCCACCUGAAGAGGUGGAUUUCAUGAUGGUGUACGAGGCGAUGCUUGCCGCCGAUGCCGCCCAAGCCGCUGCUGCCACCGCAGAUGCCGAUGCCGAUGCCGAUGCCGAUGCCGCUGUCGCCGCCGCCGCCGCCGUCGUCGUCUCCGAGGAUGCAGAAACGGGGGAGUCGGUUGACGCCAUCCAAGAAGGCGAAGAGGCCGUGGUCGACUGUGACGCCGAGAUCCUGCGCCUGUAG